AUGCACACGAGUAGACCUGAACGUUCGGCGCUGUAUUGUCCCGUACCGACAAAGAUUGAUCCCACAGAAGUUCUCGUACGGAGAUUCACAGCAUGGCGGAACAUCCUCAAGGACUUCAUCGUGUACUUCAAGACGACAGCUGCGAUUGAGGAGAACCGAGCGAAGGAUCUAACACGGCUCUCUAACUCGCUUGUGUUACCCCUUAAAGAUGAUGGGAUGUUACUGCCGAAACAGCGAGGGGGUAUUCAGGACCUUGGGGCUGCGCUGCAUACACACAACAAGCAACAUUCACUCGCGAAGAUGGAACUCGUACGAGCUCUCGAAAAUAACAUAGUAUCCAGUCUAGAGACGCUGAGGAAUGAUCUCAAGGGAAAGAUGAACGAAAUCAAGGCCCUGUCGGACGACUUCAGAAAUGACGUCGACAAGGAGCGGGAAGCUAGUCGAAAGCAUAUAGCACAGCUGAGUGAGGCGAUCGAGCAACUACAACGAAAUCCGAAGGCGCCGGAUGGGAAGAAGGAUCCAUAUCUUCUACGAAUACAACUGGAGCGGCAGUUGAGAAAGCAUAUUGCCGAGGAGAACUAUCUCCACCAGGCUUUUCUCAAUAUUGAGAAGAGUGGGAGGUCUUUGGAGGAGGUUAUCAUCCGGACGAUCAACACCUCUUUCCGAACGUAUCAAACAUUACUACGACAAGAUGCUGAUACAGUGAACCAUUUCGCUUCCCUCAUGGGUCCCCUCGGAGCGGAGCUGCCCUUAGACAAGGAAUGGAACGCCUUUAUGAAGGCGGAAGACGCCAUCAUCGAACCCACCGUUCCACUGCGGCGAGCAAGUGAAAUCAGCUUCUACGGCCACAACCAUCCAACAGCACAGCCCAUCUGUUCCGGAAUCCUUGAACGAAAAUCAAAGUACCUCCGCUCCUACACAAUCGCCUACUACGUCUUAACACGCGCUGGUUUCCUCCACGAACUUCACGAAAAACACCACCACUCAAAAUCCCACUCGACAUCCUCCCCAUCCCGCGGCCUCGCCGCCGAGAAGGUUUACGACGCGACACCCGUGAUGUCGCUCUUCAUCCCAGACUGCACACUCGGCGAGAAAAGUGCACCCAAUUCAGGGAAAUUUACGUUUGUUUUGAGGGGAAAGGAGUCGAGGGGGUUGCAUCGGGGGCACUCGUGGGUGUUCAAGGCAGGGACGUGGGAGGGGAUGAUGCAGUGGUAU